AUGAACACGAUCUUGGCAUUUUGCAUCUGUGUCGCUAUUGCACUACCGGUAUCAAUUCACGGGCUUCAAUGUUAUUCUUGUGACUUGUGUUCGGUACCAUUCACCACGAACAAUGCAACUAUUGUUUCAGUUAAUGUUACCGGUGCGUCAUGUACUAAAUAUGUUUUUGCAUCCUAUGUCUCCAAAGGCUAUGCGACUGACUGUGCUCAGGUGAACGUAAAUGGAAUCGGCACUUGGUGUUGUUCUACUGACUUAUGUAAUGCUGGUCAAUCCAUUGGCUCGUUUGAUUCAAAGAGAAUCCUUGCAACAUUUCUGGUUGCUAUCGGUAUCAUGAAAAUGAUUCAUUCUUAA